UACCUCCUUCUCAAAAUAGCUCUGCAGCUCAUAUCAAAAAUCACUACUACCAUAUAAAUACAAUCCAUUAUAAAUAUUAUCAAUCCUCAAAAGUAAAUUGUGGUAAUCUGAAGAGAUGGCAAUGGAGAAAGACCAAAUUGCUAAAGAUGUAACUGAACUAAUUGGAAACACUCCAUUAGUUUAUCUUAAUAAUGUUGUGGAUGGUUGCGUUGCUCGUAUUGCUGCUAAGUUAGAGAUGAUGGAACCAUGUUCUAGUGUCAAAGACAGGAUAGGUUACAGCAUGAUUUCAGAUGCAGAGGCUAAGGAUCUUAUUACACCAGGGAAGAGUGUUCUGAUUGAGCCUACGAGUGGAAAUACCGGCAUAGGAUUAGCAUUCAUGGCAGCUGCGAAAGGAUAUAGGCUGAUUAUCACAAUGCCUGCAUCAAUGAGUCUCGAAAGGCGAAUUAUUCUCCGUGCAUUUGGGGCUGAGUUGGUUCUUACUGAUCCUGCUAAGGGGAUGAAAGGCGCUGUUCAGAAAGCGGAAGAGAUUUUGGCUAACACGCCUAACGCUUAUAUUCUCCAACAGUUUGAAAAUGCUGCCAAUCCAAAGGUACAUUAUGAGACGACGGGGCCGGAGAUAUGGAAAGGAUCGGGAGGGAAAAUAGAUGCCCUUGUUUCAGGAAUAGGAACCGGAGGAACCAUAACAGGUGCUGGAAAAUACCUCAAAGAGCAGAAUCCUAACAUUAAGUUGUAUGGUGUGGAGCCAGUUGAGAGUCCUGUUUUAUCUGGAGGAAAACCCGGUCCACAUAAGAUCCAAGGAAUUGGUGCCGGCUUUAUCCCAGGAGUUUUGGAAGUUGAUCUAAUAGAUGAAGUUGUUCAAGUAUCAAGUGAAGAAGCAAUUGAAACUGCAAAAUUUGUUGCCCUCAAAGAAGGUUUGCUUGUGGGAAUAUCAUGCGGUGCUGCUACUGCAGCUGCGGUGAAGAUUGCGAAGAGGCCAGAAAAUGCUGGAAAACUUAUAGUUGUGAUUUUUCCGAGCUUCGGAGAGAGGUACCUGUCGUCUGUGCUUUUCGACUCGGUGCGACGGGAGGCUGAGAGCAUGACAUUUGAGUCCUAAGCUGUUCUGAUUUCUGAACUUUUUGCUAUGUUCUUGUGGUUGGGAUAGGAUUUAUGUUAUGUUAUUUGUGACUAAUGACUAUAAAUACAAAUUUCUUGUAUUUCACUAAACACUUCAACUCUGUGAGUUAAUGAAAUUUAUGGGAUGUAUCUUCUUAUCUA